AAAAAAAAAAAAAAAGAAAAAGACUUUUUCCCUUUUAUUUCAUGCUAGUUUUUAUUAUUGUAUAUUUUACUCUCUUAGUCCAAGUGGUUAUAGCCAAUACAGAAAAAAUCAUAUUACAAUUCAACCAUGAUUUACCAGUGAUUGAAUGCUUAGAGACCACUGCUUUACUAUCACCUCCAUUCGAUUUUCUAAGGGAUUCAAUUUCAUCUCAACAGAGUAAAUACUACACAUUGGCUAAUCUGAAGAAUGGCUCAACCUAUGAAAUUCGUGUUUCUUAUCCUGCUAUUACACCAGCAGAUUUUUAUAUAAAAGCAUUAGGAACUUGUCAAGGUGAUUUAUAUUUAGAAAUUAGUGCAAAAAGUACAGGUGUGUCAAGGAUAACUCAAGCUGAAAGAGAGGUCAUUACUUUUGAUUUAGUCAUCGAAAACCUUUACUUUGGAGUGUUAUUUUACAACGUAUACAAAUUAGUUAUCAUUAUCAGUAUCACUCUUUUCUUCAGUUAUUUCAUAUUGAUGCCUAGAGUGAAAAGGUUCAUUACUCUGAAGACUCUAUGAAAAAGUGUAAAGUGUUCUUUGGCCCUAAACAAUAUAAUUAUGCUUCAUUAAAAAGCUCAAUCCAUCAGUCAAGGUAUGGGGAAUGGAUCCUAAUAUAAUAUACAUUGUAUAUCAUUUUAAAACAAAUAAAGAACUUGCUCAACACAGCAGUAUGAAUUACCUGUAGCAGCAGUACAAGAGUCACAAUUACUAAAAAUGGAAAGCACAUUUUUGGUCCUGCGACUGUCAUGGAAACAAGCCAGAGAACUAAUCAAUCCUUCCUUUCACAUUAUCUAAUAUGGGUAAAUAAGCAGAUAUUAUAUAUAUCUUCAUCCAUCCAUUAACAGGCUUUCCAUCCAUAUAAAGGUAUCAGUCGUGACUCCAGGCAUAAGCGAUCUGCUACAGGUGCUAGACGUGCUCAAUACAGA